CCUCCAAGUCGUCCUCGAUUCGAGCAAUGGAAACUAGAAUAAAAGGAUUGCCUUGCUAAGACUGCUUAAUUGCUUGCACCCAGUUGGACGCGACAUGAGUUUUGCUCUCGGUUUAUAUUUCUUCGAGACCCCGAUCAUAUCCUCGAAGCUGUGGAAUCGCAAUCCACCCCGCCCAUAAGAUCGGUAAUGCGAUACUCAUAGAACUACGAUAAUGCAUCCGACAUGGGCAGCACUUGCCAUUGGGCUUCUGAUACCAUAUGCCACGGCAUUCUAUCCCUAUGCGGAACCGGGCAGUGAGCCUCCAUCUCAUAGACGGGGUAUCAUCAGCGUACCUAAGGGCGAUAUCGUCAACCUCCGAAUACCGAUACAUCGAGUAGUGUCACCACGAGCGAACCAAUAUAACAUAAUAAGCGCUGCUGAACCAUCGACGAAGAACAGCAUUGGCAUAGAUCAAGAUGGGACGGACUUCUCGUACAUGGCGAAGUUCCAAUUUGGAUCGAGUCCGGAUGUCUACCAUCUACUGGUUGACUCCGGCGCUUCAAACACAUGGGUUAUGAGUGCUGCUUGUACAAACCAGGCGUGCAAUUCUCACAAUACAUAUGGGCCGCAGAAAUCGAGUUCUCUAACUGUAACAACGGGUGGCUUUGAAAUCAAAUACGGCACUGGCACGGUGAGCGGUGUACUUGUCAGCGAUACCGCCAAAUUCGCUGGGUUCUCUGUCCCAUUAACCUUCGGUUUGGCCGAGGAAGUAUCUAAGGAGUUCUUCUCCUACCCAAUGGACGGCAUUCUUGGACUCGGCCGGGCGGAUACGUCCUCCGAUCCCGGCACCAUCAACGCUCCAACCGUAAUGGACGUUUUAGCAACGCAGAAACUGAUCCCGGCGAAGAUGUACGGCGUGACCUUGUGGCGAGCGGUGGAUGGGGGAACCAAUGAUGGGGUCCUGAACUUCGGCGCUCCGGACCGCUCCAGAUACAGCGGCGAUCUCACGUACGCGUCGGCAAUCACCAAUCGCCAUGGAUUUUGGGAGGUCGCCGUGGACGACAUUGCGGUCGAUGGUAAAACCGCUGGGCUCACUGGUCGUUCGGUCAUCCUUGAUACCGGGACCUCUUUCAUUUUGCUUCCCGAACCGGAUGCGGUGAAGUUCCACUCCUUGAUAUCGGGCUCCAGUCAAAAUGGCGAGAACUUCCUGAUCCCGUGUUCGUCGAGGCAGAUUGUUCAGCUGCAGAUCGACGGCAAGAAUUUCGGUAUCUCCCCGAAGGACUAUGUCGGACGACCAAGCGGGGCGAACGAUGGCAAAUGCUUCAGCUACAUCAUUGGCCGUCAGACCUUCGACGAAGGCCAGUGGCUUGUGGGCGAUGUGUUCUUCAAGAACGUCUAUGCCCUCUUCGACUUUGAUGGGAAACGAGUGGGACUGGGGACUAAGGGGCCAAGUAGCUCUAGCUCACUGCCUCCCUCCUCCGCUACCACGCUCAGCCCAACAGCUUCCCUAGCGACCUCCUCCCCCACCGCAGCCAGCAUGAUAACACUCUCUGAUUCCAUUUCUCCUCCAUUGUCCGCAAGAGCUACCUGGCAAGCUUCGACUACGGCCUCUACGUUACCGGCCCCGUUACUCCCUGGCUCUGCCCACGUGUCCGGCGCCGAGUUUGAUCCAAGCAGUAACCCCGAGGACGCGUCCCCAACAGCUUCUGAGGGUGGAGCUUCCGGUGCGGGAAUCCAGCGAAAUCAGAACGGCCAAUGGGCCAUGUUCCUGGCCUUGGUCAUCGCCGUUGUCGUGCGAUGAUGGGGGAUCCUCCUCCGUGGUGUGAUGUGGUUGAGCUCAGUGCGACUCGGGCACAGUCUCGACAAGGUCGCGCUCAGCCAAUGUUGGCUCCCACGAGGGGCCAGGGACCGUCGAUAGUCCAAGUGAUAAGACCUACAUGAUGGCAGGGUACAUCUUUGAGAGAUGCCUUGUCCUAGCUUGUGUGUCGAACAAUCAGGCGAACCUUCUCCGCCUCUCGAGAAGAUGGCAUGGUCGCCAAGCUGCGGCUCAACAACCAUAGAGGUUGCCUCAUCUUGUAACACCGAAGCUGUUACUUUGAUUGGAAACGUGGCGUUUUGCAUCGGUAAUCUCAAGU